AGAAAGAGAACUGUACUGAAAUGAGUUGGAUCGAUUCCGUUGUGUGGUGGGCUAAUUUCGACGUCGGAACUUCACCAAAAGUUCUGCUGGAUCGGAAUGUCGAUUCGGCAAAUUUCCUGAAAAGGAAAUCCGAUUACGUGCAGACGCCAAUUUCAAGAGAUGGGUUGGAUUGGGUGUACAAGAAGAUGAUCGAAAUCGGGAAAACAGGGCUGGUUUUCAACCCAUACGGCGGAAAGAUGAGCGAAAUUCUAACGUCGGCGACACCGUUUCCUCACCGAGCGGGAAACUUGUUCAAAAUGCAAUACUCGGUGAAUUGGGACGAACCAGGGGCGGAGGCGGAUCAGCAGUUCAUGAAACAAAUAAGAAGGCUGUACAGUUUCAUGACCCCAUUCGUGUCGAAGAACCCAAGGCAAUCGUUCUUGAACUACAGAGACCUGGACAUCGGCACCAACAACAACGACAAGAACAGCUACGAAGAAGGGAAGGUUUAUGGGUUCAAGUACUUUGGGGAUAACUUCGAGAGGCUGGUGAAGGUGAAGACGGCGGUGGAUCCAGAGAAUUUCUUCUGGAACGAACAGAGUAUUCCAACUCUAUCAAGUAAGGCAUAAGAUGGUGAUCGGAUUGGUGGGUCAUCAUCUUCAUCAUAUUUAUUUGCAUUGCAAUAGUAAUGUAAUGUGUAACACAGGUUAUUAGAAUAGAGAAAAGUUAGAUUGUUUUGAUGUGAAUUCUCUGGUUUUUGAUGAUAGAAACCAGGACAUAGAUUAUUGCAUUUACAUUACAGUCUACAAACUUGAUCACUUCAUAUAUUUAAUCAAUAUGUUGUAUGAAUGAAUUAAUGAGAGUAAUAAAAUUCCGGAGAUCAGAGUGUGCA